UUUUUUUUUCUUUUCUUUCUCUCCAAUAUCUUUUUUUCCUGUUAAUUAUUAUAUUUAAUAUUUAUAUUUCUCAUUUUUUUUUUAAUCAAUAAAUAUAAUAUAAUAAAUAAUCAAUAUUUAGAUAUAUAUAUAUAUAUAUAUAAUAAAGAUGAUGAUUAAACAUUUAUCAGUUGUUGCUUUAAUUGCUUCCCUAUUUACAUUCGCUAAUAGUGAAAAUUGGUCAGUCAAAGUUGGUGAUGCUGGUAAAAAUGCGUUUACACCUGCUACCUUUGAUGCUAAUGUAGGAGAUACCGUUACCUUCAGCUUUGUUGGUGGAAAUCAUGAUGUUUUUCAAGCAGAUGCAUUUGGUAAAUGUGUUAAAUCUGCAUUACCAGAUGCCUUCACUACACCUAUAAAUGCUGGUAAUGCUGCAGCUCCUCCGACUGCCGUUUGGACUCUAGCAAAAGAAGGUCCUGUAUACUAUUACUGCACUGUUGCUGAUCAUUGUGGCACGGAUCAAAUGUAUGCUACGAUCAAUGUGCUUGCUGCUGGCAAAGCAUUAACAGCGCCUGGUGUUAAAGCCCCGGCUGAACAACCCAAAGCUCCACCCCAACCGGCUGCUCCAGCUGAUGAUCUACCAAAUACAACUCCAAAAUCCACCACUAGUAGUGCCUCUUCACCAACUGCAGCCGCAUCUGCACCUGCAACACCUAAAGCUGCUUCUUCUGCUGUCAAGAUUGAUAAUCAAAUAUCAAUUGCUGUUUUAGGUGGUGCUUUGUUAUCAUUGACAUCUUAUUUCUUGUAAAAUUAGGACUUUUAUGAUAAUUUAGGAUAGGAUUAUAUAAGUGUAUUUAUUAGCUUUUUGUCAGGGAAGGAAAAUUAUUAUUAUUAUUAUUAUUAUUUUGCGUUUGAAAUGCAUUCAUAAUUCAAAAAAUUUUUUUUGUGCAUUUGAGAGUAGUAUAUAUUUAUGUAGAAAAAAAAAAUCUAAAUAAAUUUUUUUAUUUUUCUUAUAUUUGAUAAUAUUAUAUAAAGGUAUAGAUUUCAAUUUGUUAUCGAGAACAAUGUGACCAAUUUUUUUUUUUUAUUUUUUU